AUGACCAAGAGAUCCUUUCUAGCAAAAGGACAUAGAGCUAAAGAAGUAUUAGAACUAGUUCAUUUUGAUGUAUGUGGACCUAUGAAUACACCUGUGAGGAAAACAGCAGCAUAUGUUCUUAACUUAGUUCCUUCUAAGUCAGUUCCUAAGACUCUCCUGGAAUUAUGGAAUGGGCUCAAGCCUAGCUUACGUUAUAUUCGAAUUUGGGGAUGUCCAGCUCAUGUGCUGAAAGGGAAGGCAGAGAAGUUGGAGUCUAGAUCAGAGAUAUGCCUGUUUGUGGGAUACCCUAAAGGUACCAGGGGAUAUUAUUUUUAUAGUCCUCUAGAUAGGGAAGUCUUUGUUAGCACAAAUUCCACUUUCCUAGAGGAUAAGUAUAUUAAUGAACGCCAGUCCAAAAGCAAGGUCGUAUUAGAAGAACUGAGUGGGAGCAAUUCCACCACAUCAAUUCCUGAAACACAAUCUCAUGACAGACAACCCUUGGUGUCAGAUAUACCUAAACAAUGUGUUUGA